AUUAUUGUCACACAUGGCGAAAAGUACUAAACAAAUAUCUUGUCUGGAAGAAAAUAUCUCAAGCCCUUGAGCAAUUCAAAUAUCUCCUCGAUUCCUUAGAUCACUUGUCCAAGAGAAAAAAACUUGACUGAGGUAUGGAGCGUAUGGUGAGGCCGAGUCGCAGCGAUGUUCACUUGAACGGGGAGGCAGCGGCGAGGGUGGAGGCCGCCACCCGAGACUACUUCGACCGGGCAGCGCCCAAGCGGCACACCAAGCCUCAACGCAGCGACUACUCUUCUGCAUAUGUGGAUGGCUUUUCAGCCCAUGACACUGUCAUUCCUGAAUAUCUUCACUUCCAACGUCUUGAGAAGGAUGAUGUACAGAAGCUGGUUUACAAAGGAAGUACGGCUGACGACGAGUUUGUGGAAACCAAAUAUUACAGUGAUCUCAAUGGCGUUGACAAGCAGCAUCACACGACUGGAACAGGGUUCAUAAAAGUGGAUAGCAUAAAUGGGAAGGGCUUCAGCCUGUCUGCAGAUACUGCUGCUGAAUGCCACGCCUCAUGCAGGGGAAAUCCUGCUACUAAUGACUGGAUUCCUGCUACUGCUGAUAUGGUGGAUUUUAUCUCUGGCAAGCCCAACAGGAGUGGUUGAUUUGAGUCAUGUGUUGAACCAUGUAAUGGAGUUUGGAUAUGUUUUGGUAAUUGAUGUUUAGUAAGUUUGGGAUGAAGCUUGAAUCAGACAGGUUGAUUAAGCUUAUGUAUGAAUAAAUAUUAGCUUGAACUGAGUUUAGUUUGUAUCAUGUCUAAAUUGAAAUCCCAUGUCAUAAUUCAACUCGGACAUGGUAGAAUUAUUAUAGAUGCAUACUCUUCAUUAUAA